UAAAGAUUUUGUCAGAAUGCGGCUCACACAAACUCUGUUGAAAGCACGAUGGGACAAACAAAUCGGUGCUGUCGGUGAGAUGACCGAAAAAUAUUCAAACUUACCAAAAUCAUACAUUCGACGAGCCAUGAGACAGAUUGAGUGGCAAACACCAAGAGGCAAUCCACGCUACUUACCCAGAACUAUCGAAAAGCAAAGAUUCAUAUUCACUACCGCCCGACCGUGGACGCAACAAUUUUGGUUUGAUAACGCACCAGGCAAACAGGCUAAGAAAGUGUUUGUUGAACCAAUCGAAACAUGGAGUUGGUUCCGUGGCGAUCGUGUAGAGAUAAUGACUGGUCCGGACAAAGGCAAACAAGGAAUUAUCAAUCAAAUCAUCGAAGAGCGAAAUUGGGUGUUUGUUGAAGGAUUAAAUUGGAAAUAUAUCACUUAUGGCAAAACGAAAACUUUCCCCGGCAUUGUUAUGAGAGAAGAGAGACCGUUAUUGGUAACAACGGAAAUAAAAUUGGUGGACCCAGCUGAUCUUCAAGCAACAGAAUUUGAGUGGCGCUAUUCGGAAGAUGGUGCAAGAAUUCGCGUUUCUUUGCGUUCGGGACGUGAAAUUCCAAUUCCAGCCUCAAAUGAAGAAACUUAUGAUUACAAAACUAAAUCAAAAUAUUACGAACGUGAAAAGGAUACAUUAGCCGAAGACGUGGAGAAAAUCACUUUUUAUCCAAAGUUGAAAACAUUUGAAAUGGAAAUUAUGGAUGAGAUGGGCAUCAAUGAAGACCGAGUGCCAGCCAAAACUUAUUGGUAUUAAUUGUUGUGCAACAGAAUCUUUCUGUAUUUCGAAAUGAUUGAUUAGAGUAAUAAAAUUGAGUUUUAAAGGAAGUAAAA